GGUAGCUAUAGGUCAGUUGAGCCUACGCCUGCCGUUCCGGGUAUAAGCAGGUGAGGGACGCCACCAGCCAGUAUAAGAGAUGCAGCGGCGGUCUGAACAGUACAAUAUCACUCUCCCUGACCCUUCGAGCUCAUCGCGACUUUGCUAGGCUGUCCCGCUGCACCACAUGUACGUCUACAAUGGAAAGCUGAACUGGUACGAGUACGCCGUAGACGAAUGUUUUACCGUCGUCUUCCCCGCCGGCUUCGCCCUCAAGGACCCCGUCUGUGCGUACUGGCAGUGGACCCAGAAUGCGGCUGGCGAUAUAAAGCAGAACCAACAACAGUUCGCCACCAUUGACAGCGUCACGCGGACGGCGGACGAGUACGCAAUCUCGUUCUCCUUUGGCUACUAUUCCUUCGCAGGCACCGUCGCCGCCGACCUCCAGUUGGUGACGCUGCGAAUGCGCAAUCCGACUGGGGAGACGUCCGCCCCCGCGACGCUGCAGGUGCAGCUCGCGGACGAGUGUCGGGUGCCGUCCGCGACGGUGUACACCACCAAGCUCACCUACUCAUCGUACGCCAUCGACGAGAUGGCGACGCUCGUCAUGCCGCGCGGUCUCGCGGACGGCGCGCCCGUCGGCCUGUUCUACCAAUGGACAGAGGACGCUGCGGGCAGGCGCAAGCAAAAUGCGUGUGUGAAGGGCACAUUUCGCACCGUCGUCGAGACAGACGAGUGGACGCAGGGCACGUUCGACGACGGGACCUACCUGUACGAGACUGCGAUAUAUCCCGACGGCGCGCGGGCGACGAUCUACAUGGGCAACAUGCGCGGGGACGGCGUCCUGAUGAAGGCGUGGCGCGCCGACUUUAGGCAGGCGCACUCGAAGAAGGCCGUCCUCCUCCGUUUCGGAACGGGCACGGACAGAGGUCUAUUCCUCCUGCGCGACACGCUCACGCAGAAUUUGGGUUUCAACGCCGAUGACGUUCGGAUGCUGUACUUCAACGAGGAGCCAAAAGGUCGGCCCGCCGUGUGCUCGGAUGGGCAGGAGCCGCCCAUGGCGUCGCGCUUCAGGCCGUGGUUUGAGAGCAUGGUUGGGAGCGCAAAGCCGGGCGAGGUGUGCUUCCUGUAUGUGGACGCUGACAGGUCCGAGGGCACAGGUGGCACAGACGAGGGCUGGAUCAUGGCCCGCGACAGUGCCGGGCUUUUUAAGGAGGUCGUGCCGGCUGCUUGGGUGGCGGAAACUAUACGAGGCAAUCUGGCGGCUGGCGUGAACUUGACGAUCCUCUCCUCGUCGGGCGUGGGCAUCGACGCGCUAGGCACGCAGCGCGGCGUGCUGCUUGCCGGCUGUCACGAGACGCAGUCGAGCGCUAAGGCGCCGCGCGCUAAGGUCGGCGACGUUGACCCUUGGGCGCAUGCGAUAGUGCGCGUCAUCGACAACCAGAUCAGCCACAAGCGUGGCGUUCCCACCUACUCCACGCUUUUCGACAACGCCAAACGAUACAAGCAGUUCCAGCGCGGCGACUCCAAGGGCGCAUACAUGGGGCCUAGCCCGAACGAACUGCAGCCCAUCCCGCGUCACGAUGUUUCGGGUGCGGACCCACUAAAACUGGGUGCGGUCUCAAGCCACCAGGACCCCCAGCUCGUCUUUCGCAGCGACUACCUCGACCCGGACGAGGAGCGGUUCCUCUGUCCGCUCGUCGCGCCAGGUGAAAGGCGCGCUGAGGGCAAGGGUGUGCGCUUUCCGAGGGAUCAGUACCCGCGGGAGGAUCAGAAUGAGGAGGGCGAUCAGGAUCGUUCAGAGGAUUGGUACCGUAUCGUGUCGACCUGACGAAACCUUGGCCUCUGUUGUAGAAACCUGAAUCCGUUGGCCAGUCAUGCAUUGAACACACAACAAAGUGAUUCGUAAUAUUAUUCCUCGAAGAAUACCUGCUUGUAUGGCGUGUGGCACCAACUUCACCUCACUAAUAUAUCGCUCAGAGAUUCACAGUCAUCAC